UUAUGAGUCAUUCUUCAUCUAAGUGGGUAUAUAACAAGAUUGUAACAGUCGGCAUCCUAAUGACAGCAGACAUUGUACAAAUUAAACACUGUGGAGAGGCGGGGCCGGCGAGCGAGCAACGAAGCAGCGCACGCCGGGGCCCGGCCCAAGAUGGCGGCGAGGAGGCGUGGCCGGUGAGCAAGCGGCGAGGCGAGGCACGCCGGGAGCGACGCCGCAAUCGUGCCCAGGUGCGCGAUCUGCGCACCUGGGCACGAUCAUCCAAUCUCCUCUCGCUAAAGAAAAGGGGAGCAGCAGAGAGAGGGAGGAGGACCUUAAGGAGAGACGGAAGGAGACGAAACCAGAGGGAAGCUGACGCAGCACGAGAGAGGAGGAGAGCGAGAGACAGACGACGACGAGCGAAGGAGAGGAGAUGAAAAGCGACCUGGACUGAAGGUUUUGUUUGAAAAAAUAAAACAAACGUCAACUCUGCUCGAGAUGUCUCUAUUUGAUGGUCCAGGGAACCCACGAGACGGCUUGAGUCCGUCACAUUUGGCACCCAACUUGGCUGGACCAUCGGAGGCGGGGGAGGACGAUUUCCUGUGGGCCCUCGUGGGGGCGUUCACGGAACUGGCAGCAGGCAGCCGCCAGCGUCCUGAAGAGUCCCGCAAACAAUUGCAGCUCCUGCAGGUGCUAGCGGUCCAGGCGGGGUGUGGCGGCGAGUGGCUCCCCAAGGAAGUGGUGGAAGAAGAAGCACAGGAGGGAAACCACUCAUGUGCUCAACAAGAAGAAGAACAAGACAAAGGAAAAGACGAAGAAGAAGAAAAAGAUGUUGAAGAAAAAGAUGUUGAAGAAAAAGAUGUGGAAGAAAAAGAAGAAGAAGAAGAAGUUGAAGAAGAAGAAGUUGAAGAAAAAGAAGUUGAAGAAGAAGAAGAAGGAGAAGUUGAAGAAAAAGACCAAGGCGGCAAAGGAAAAAACAAAGAAAAAGACCAAGACGACAAAGAAAAAGACCAAAAAGACAAAGAAAAAGACACAGAAAAGGAGAAGACCGGGGCCACAGGAGAACCUGGCCAUCCUCACUUCCCGCUCCCUCGGAAAAAGGGGGGGGGGGGAGUAGGCUUAGCCGGUCGGACUCCCGGCUUGCGUCCGGCGAUGGAGGACUGUGGAGAGGCGGGGCCGGCGAGCGAGCAACGAAGCAGCGCACGCCGGGGCCCGGCCCAAGAUGGCGGCGAGGAGGCGUGGCCGGUGAGCAAGCGGCGAGGCGAGGCACGCCGGGAGCGACGCCGGGAGCAGCAGAGAGAGGGAGGAGGACCGGAAGGAGAGACGGAAGGAGACGAAACCAGAGGGAAGCUGACGCAGCACGAGAGAGGAGGAGAGCGAGAGACAGACGACGACGAGCGAAGGAGAGGAGCUGAAAAGCGACCUGGACUGAAGGGAACCCACGAGACGGCUUGA